AUGAGGAAAGGAAGCGACCAAGGCCAGGAGAUAGAUAGGUUGUGGGAAGCUUCUUCAACUUUCUCAUCUCAGCAGGUAGGCAUCGUGACUUCGUGGAAUCUUGGUUCGUCACCAAUGAUUAGCUGUAUUUUAGAGCUUACAACAGCUUGUAAAGACUACCUAACUCUUUAUGUGCUACUCAAACAGCAUACUUAUCCCGCAAUCGCGGCAUGUCGUUUCUCCAGAGAAUCGCUAAAUUAUAACGUGUUAGUUGCUACUCGUGGCAUUAUUGGGAGAAAAGAAGGGCGUAUGUAUGUGGUAAUGGUAAUGGGACAGACUCAAUUGUUCAGUGCAGGUACGCCUGGACGAGGUACAGUGCGCAACUGCUAUGAGCGACAGGCAAGAUUCCUUUUUGAAUCUUUUGUCGAUUUUUACUGUAAUAUGAUUCCAAAAGAAAUCAUUGGAUGGAUGAUUCAUGAACAAAUAGCUGACACAUACUCAAUGGCACUAGAUGAAUUCACGGUUGUACUUAUAUCCGUGUAUUCGCCAGUUCCAUAG